AAGUUUAUACUGGGUGGGUCCUCCAUUAUUUCGCCUUGGCAAUCCUCAAGUCAAUCGUAACAUCGUAUACCAGUUUUCCCUUUGUUCUCCAUCUGUCAUCUUCUUCCUUCCGAGUAAUUAUCUUCCUUUCUGCUGCUCAUGCAUCACUCUCUGAUUUUCUUUCACUCUUCUGUCUCAAAUUCACCAUGAUUUCCUUUUCUCUGCGUUCUGUGUUCUUGAUUUCGAAAAGUUGCCUUAGCUCUGUUGCUAUUUAAGAUCCCUGAAUUUCGAAAAUUUAUCUUCUAUCCCUGAAUUUCUUUGCACUUUUUUCUCUCCCUUUAUCUGCUUGCAAUUUGUUAUAUUCACUGUUCUUGUUGUUUGCAACUGUUGUCCUCCAACCCCGCCGCCCAAACCCUCCCCCAAAAAAAAAAAAAAUGGCCCCGGGUGCCAUUCUUUCUAUUGUUCCGACGAUUGUCAAGUACACUCUCGUCCCCAUCAAGCGACACCUCAGUUACGUUUUCACCUAUGGACGCAAGGUUGAAGAACUCAAGAAUCAGGUCAAUAACUUGACAAAUCAGAGAAACAGUUUGAAGCAUUCUGUUGAUACUGCUACGAGGCAAGGAGAUGAGAUCAAUGAUGAUGUUCAAAACUGGCUCAGUACUGUGGACAAAGCUAUUGAAGAGGCUGAGGUUCUAGUCAACGGCGAAGAACAAGUAAAGCAAAGGUGUUUCUUGGGAUUGAUUCCUAAUUUGAAGAAGCGUUACCAACUUAGUAAGAAAGCGGAGAAGAAAGCUCAAACGGUUGAUACGCUCCGGAAGGAAGGCAGAUUUGAUCGAAUUUCCUAUCGCCCGCUCCUUCAGCCAAUAAUGGCUCCAUCUGUCUAUAAUAACGAAGUCUUGCAUUCAAGAAUCUCUAUCUUGGAGAAAGUUAUGGAUGCGCUGAUGAAUCCUGGUGUUAACACGAUAGGGGUGUAUGGUAUGGGUGGUGUAGGAAAAACCACUCUAGCAAAAGAAGUCCACAGGAAAGCAAUAGAAGACAAGUUAUUCAACGUUGUGGUUAUGGUUACUGUGUCUGAAACACCAGAUGUUAGAAAAAUUCAAGGGAGGAUUGCUGAUGCGGUGGAAUUGACAUUAAAAGAGGAGUCUGAAGAUGGAAGAGCAGAUCGAUUACAUCAACGAUUACAGAAAGAGGAGACGAUCCUUGUAAUUUUGGAUGAUAUUUGGGAACCACUUGAACUAAAGAAAGUAGGAAUUCCUUAUGGGAAUGAUUACAAAGGAUGUAAAAUAUUUCUGACCUCCAGAAAAGAAGAUAUAUUGUCCCGUUACAUGGAUACCCAAGUUUGUUUCGAGCUUCGAGUUCUAUCAAAAGCAGAGGCGUGGAGUUUAUUUGUGACAGUGGUUGGUGAUGUCACAAAUCAGGCUUUGUGCUUUAUAGCAACUGAAGUAGUAAAAAAAUGUGCAGGUUUGCCCCUUUUAAUUGUUACAGUUGCAAAAGCUUUAAAAAAUAGGGACUUGAAGGAAUGGAAGGUUGCCUUGGAUGAGUUAUCUAGGGUUGAUAAUAAAGGAAUUCAGGCAAAAGUAUACUCAGCCCUGGAGUUGAGCUGCAAUCAUCUGGCCACUGAUGAACUUAAGUCAUUUUUCUUGCUUUGUGCUCAAAUUGCUAAUGGUGAUAUUCAAAUUAGGGAGUUGUUGUUGUACAGUAUGGGUUUGGAUUUGCUUAGAAGCAAAGAUACAGUGGAAGAUGCAAGAAAUAGAGUACAUAAAUUGAUAAGUGACCUCAAAGCCUCUUGCUUGCUAUUAGACAGCGAUAGGAAUGGGUAUGUUAAAAUGCAUGACAUUGUUAGAGAUGCUGCUCUCUCUAUCGAAUCUAAAUCUCAACACCUAUUCACAUUCAGAGAUAAAAUUGAAUCGAAGAAAUGGCCAAACAGGGAUCUCAGAAACUGCUCCAGAAUUUCUUUGCCUCACUGUGAAAUCCAUGAGCUUCCUGAACGAUUGGAGUGUCCAGAAUUGGAGUUCCUUGUCCUUGGCAAGGAGGUAAAUAUUUAUUGGAAAGGCCCCCCUGAUUUGAAAAUAUCUGAUUUAUAUUUUGAGGGGAUUACAAAGCUCAAAGUGCUGCAUUUCACUGGGAUGUGUUUAUGUACCCUGCCUCCAUCUCUUGGUUACUUAACAAACCUUCUUACCUUGUGUUUAGAUCAAUGCGAAUUGCGGGAUCCAUCUGUCACAUGUGAAUUGAAAAAAUUAGAGAUCCUCAGCUUUCGUGGAUCUAAGAUAGAACAGCUGCCGAGAGAAAUAGCACAUUUGCCUGGGCUGAAAUUGUUAGAUUUAAGCUAUUGUUUAAUGCUUAAAGUCAUUCCAGCAAAUGUCAUAUCAAGGUUGUCCUUAGAAGAAUUGUAUAUGCGCGAGAGCUUUUGUCGAUGGGAGCUUCAAGGUCUUAUCAAUUCAAACAAUGCAAGUCUUGCUGAAUUGAAAAACCUGUAUAGUUUGACAACAUUGGAAAUAGAUGUUCCACAUGCCAAGAUGUUACCGAAAGAUUUAUUCUCUAACUUAUUCUCCAAAAAGUUGGAAAGGUAUCAUAUUGUUAUCGGAGAUGUGAGGUAUCGGAAUGAUAAGUAUGGAUCCUCGAGAACGCUAAAGAUUAGGCUCAAUACAGGCAUUCAUCUGGAUUAUGGGGUUGAUAUGUUGUUGAAGGAAGCAGAAUUUCUUUGUCUAGAAUGUGUGAAGGGGAUCAAGAGCAUUUUGUAUGACGUAGAUUGGGAAGGCUUUCCACAAUUAAAGCAUCUCGAGAUCCUACAUGGUGAUGACGUACAGUAUGUUAUUAACUCAACAGCGUGCGUCUCUAAUUUGAAUGCCUUUCCCAUCCUGGAGUCUUUGUCUUUGGUGGAUUUGGUGAGCCUGGAGAAGAUUUGUCAUGGCCAACUCACAACAGGGUCUUUCACCAAAUUAAGAAAAUUAGAAGUUGGAAGAUGUAAUGGGUUGAAGAAUCUCUUCUCAUUCUCCAUGGUUAGAAACCUAUCUCAGCUUCAGGAAAUGAGAGUAAUUGAUUGCGAGAACUUGGAAGAGAUUGUGAUUGAUCAAAGUGGAUUUGGAGAAGACAAUGUAGAAGUGGCUGAGUUCAGUCAAUUACGUUCCCUGGAGCUAGAUAGUCUGCCGCUGUUGAAAAGCUUUUGCUUCAAAGUGAAGGCGUCAACAAAUGAUGAUGGAGGAUCGAAUGAAAUUGUGUUAGAUGAGAUCCAUAAUCCACUACCACUUUUCGAUAAAACGUUAUGUCAAUACAAAAUUAAAAAGAUAGCAUUUUAUUAAACUCAAAGUAAAUUUAAUACUUUGUCAAAAUUAAUAGUAAAGUUCAAAUUUGAUAAAAUAGUAAUUAAGUUUUAUGUGCAGGUUUUACUCCCCAACAUUGAGGACCUGAGAGUAUGCUCCAUAGGUAAAAAGGAGAAACUCUUCCCUUCAAACUCAUCAAUGAGCACAACUAUUUUGGGUUGUCAAGAUUUGAAAUACUUAUUUACAACUUCAUUUUUCAAAAGCCCUUUGCCACUCAAGCGACUUGAGAUAAAUGAUUGUGAGUUUAUGUGGUUCUCACAGACGAAUUUGCUGGACAAGAGACGAUGAAUAAGAUAAUCCUCUCUAAUCUACACCACCUAACUAUCUCAAAUCUUCCAAAUCUCACAAGAUUCUGUGAUGGGCAUUCUAUUGAAUUUUGCUCUUUGAUCAAACUACGGAUAAAUAAUUGUCCUGCAUUUAAGACUUUCGUCUCCAAUCCUCCAAGUCCAUCUCUUUUUGAUGAAAAGGUUGCAAUCCCUAGCUUGGAGGAUUUGAUAAUAGAAAAAAUGAGUAACUUGGAAAGUAUAUGGCACAACCAACUCGCCGUAGGUUCCUUCUGCAAACUAAAAUCAAUAUUCAUUGAUGAAUGUAAAAACUUGCACACUCUUUUUCCAUCUAAUGCCUUGAGAAGAUUCCAGAGUUUGGAAUGGUUGAAAAUAUGGAGUUGUCAUUCACUAGAACAGAUAUAUGGACUUCCGGAGUUCUAUGUUGAAGAAGCAAGUUUUGUAACAUAAUUUGAUUUGAGGUCUAUGCAUAUACAUAAUCUAGACAAAUUGAAGCAUAUAUGGAGUAAAGAUCCGCAAGUAAUUUUCACCUUCAAUAAUCUAGAUUUGGUAGAACUUUCCUAUUGCAAGGUUUUGAAAAAUGUCUUUCCCGCUUCCGUAGCACAAAACCUUUCACGACUUGAAAGGCUUGAAGUAUAUUAUUGUGGGGUGGAGAAGAUUGUUGCAAAGACAGAAAGUGUAGAAGUAGCCUCUUCUUUCGUGUUCCCAAUACUACUCUCAUUGACUCUCACGAGUCUAAAAGAAAUCAGGACAUUUUAUCCAGGAAUGCAUAAUUUAGAAUUCCCAAAGUU